GGAAGUAAGCAAAACAGCGAUGGUAUCAAGAACUAUAAGAUCACCAGAUAUUUCCGUGUUAUACUUCUAUUUCAUUAUCAUCCUCAUCUACACUUUCACUACAAACAUUCAUUCCAAUACUUUCUACAACAGCUGUGCUGUCUAUUCAACUGUUAAUACAUUUAUUUCAUAUUGCUAAAAAAUAUAUUACGAGUUUUCUUCACUCACCACUCAUUUCGCCCUUUACAACACCCAACCAACCAACCAAAUCAAUCAACAUGCGUUUCUCCCUCCCAGCUCUUGUUCUCUUUCUCUCCGUCGUCAACGCCUCUCCUCUUCCCAAGAAGGAAAACGCCGCCGCGGCAUCUUCCUCCGUAGUUGCAUCGGCCACAGCCGCCGCGUCCUCAACUGCUGCAGCCACAUCGGCAGCAGCCACAUCGGCAGCAUCCAGUUCGGCUUCUACAGGUUCGGCUUCGGCCGGAAGCGUUUUGACCUCUUCGGCAUACAAUGAUUUCCAAAUCUCCGCCGGAACCGCCGGAAAAGCUGAAGAUGAAGCCAAUGCGCUCUUUACCGGUAUCGAUAUGAACAACCUUGCUGCGGUUUCUGCAUCUGAUCUUAAGAUCAUUCAAGGAAUUCAUGAUGCUGCCGAGGAUGCCGAAGUUGAUGGGUUUAAUCCUGCCAUUAAGGCCGCUAGCGGUGAUGCUGCUACUGCUCUUCAGAAUGGUAAAAUCAAGAACAAGGUUCUCAAACUCACCGCCGAAGUCCUUGCUCUUCAAGUCAAGAUAGCUCAAGGAAAGACUGGAGAUGUCGCGGCUGAACAGACAAAGUUGGCCAAUAACAUUAAGUUGGAUACUGCGGCUGCAGGACAAGCGAGUACCUCCGUUACUUUCGAUGCUACGAGCUAGAUGAUGAGAUGGGAAAUUUGAUUGAUUAUUUGAGGAUUUGAGAUACAGUGGAAAUCGUUCGCGUGGACGUGGACUAUGGAUACUUUAAUAUCAUAGGUCAUCUUGGACAGAUGUAAACAAUGGGCUAAUUUUUGGUGGUUGGUGGUUGGUGGGUGCAUAGACAUAAAGGGACGUUACUCAUUACUAUAUAGUAUAACGGUAGUAGUCACAUCAUAAAAAUUAUUUACUUACAAAAUUCAUUGGCUUA